AAACCUAUCGAUACUAUCGCGAGAGUGCACCCAUCUCUAUCAUCUCCCAGCAGCGCGUCUGUAAUGUGUUAAUAUAAUUUUACUUUUGAAUCGCCUUGCCUUGAGACUUUCAGCCUCACUCGACAAAUAAAAUUCGUGCAACUUAGCAGCCCGAUUUAGCCGAACAGCGAGCAUUUCCCGCAAUUGGUUGCGUUGCGAACAGCAGUGAGGUCCGCUAAUUGGCAAAACCGAUUCGAUUCCAGGGAAGGAGGCGCAUAAGCAGGAGGGUGAAGAACAAAAGGAGAAGGAAAACAACAGUUAAUCGUCAAAUUUUACAGGAAAAGGCGGUCCACGAUGAGCUCAGCGGAGGAAAACAGCAACAGCCCGGCCACCACGCCCCAGGACAACGAGGCCGCCGAGCAGGCCAACCUCACGGAUCUCGAGAAGAUCGAGGAGGAGAAGCUCAAGUCCAAGUAUCCCAGCGGGAUGCGCGUGCCUGGCGGACACUCGGCCUUCCUCCAGAAAAGGCUGCAGAAGGGGCAAAAGUUCUUCGACUCGGGAGACUACCAGAUGGCCAAGCAGAAGGGUGGCGGCGUCAAGCAGGUCUUUGCCAACAAGGUUACCACCGGGGAGGCCAUUCCCACGCCCGAAACCGUGCCGGCGCGCAAGACUUCGAUCAUCCAACCCUGUAACAAGUUCCCCGCGACGAGCUAAUUCACUCACCUCUCACCAUCUACUGUAGCCACAACCUCCUCAACUGCAUCCUGUCCCCGUUCUCCCACUUCAAAUGCUCUGUACGCCUAAUUUUAAAGAUUACCCUAAUGCUAAGAUGGCUGCUGCUGGUUUGUGCAGGCAUUUCGCGAAAAGUUUAAACUGAAUAUGUAGCUACCCGUUCCGUGUUACCCCGAAAACUGUAAGCGCCAGCCUCAAACGCUCUGGCCAAUCUCAAGAUCCAUCUCUCAGGCCGGGGAAGCGAUGAUGGCGAGCCGAGCAGCGCGAAACCUAUCUGCAAAAGUUAUAUAUAUCUCUAUCUCUGUAACAUUAACAUAACUUACCCUGAUCGUACGUAGCUGUAAGUAUUACGAGCAUAAUAAAUUUAAGUUUGGAGCCAGCCACACCGACA